CAGGAGCAACAGCUAUUACUGGAGCAAUGACUGAGUAAGCCUACUCAGGAGGAGGAGGAGGAGGAGAAGGAGGAGGAGGAGGAGAACAGUACUUGCCCAAAGUCAGAAGCCACCUUGCCGACUGUGCUUAGUUUCAUUGCUGGACUGGCGGAUCUUCCAUUGGUGGGACCCUUCUCAUCAUGAGUGGAUCCUUUGACAAGAAGAUCACUAGCAUCUUGACAGACAUCUCCAGCUCCCUGAGUUGCCAUGUGGCCACCAAAGACUCCCCCACGCUCCCUGAAUCGUCCAUCACGGACCUCGGGUACUACAGCACCCCGCAUAACCAACACGAGUAUUACCCCAGCCAACCUUACACCCAACCGAUGAAUCAUUAUGCGUACCAUCCCCAAUUUAACCUGAACGGAUUAGGGGGGGCUGGGACUUACUCCCCAAAGUCUGACUACCCCUACAGCACUUCUUACAGACAGUAUGGAUCUUUCCGGGACCAGCAGCUGCCCAGCCAAGAAGCAGUUUCAGUGAAAGAAGAACCAGAACCAGAAGUACGAAUGGUAAACGGGAAACCCAAAAAAAUCCGAAAGCCACGCACGAUUUAUUCCAGCUAUCAGCUGGCCGCUUUGCAAAGGAGAUUCCAGAAGGCGCAGUAUCUGGCGUUACCAGAGAGGGCAGAGUUGGCUGCACAGCUUGGACUCACGCAAACACAGGUAAAAAUCUGGUUCCAGAACCGGAGAUCCAAGUUCAAGAAGCUGUACAAAAAUGGCGAGGUCCCCCUGGAACACAGCCCCAAUAACAGUGACUCCAUGGCUUGCAAUUCUCCGCCAUCGCCCACCAUUUGGGACAGUAAUACCCACAACAACCCGGCCAACAGGGGCCAGCUCCCUCAGCCGCUUUUGUACAACUCCCCCCCAAGCUACCUGGAGGACCAUAACUCUUGGUACCACCAUCAAAACCUGAGCGGGCCUCAGAUACAGCAGCAAGGAGCUCCGCCCACUUCUGGCUCGAUGCAUCACCCGUCUCCGGGGCCUCCGCCCAAUCCUGGAGCAGUGUAUUAACCUUCUUCGCCUCCUGGAUGAAACCAGUGGAGCAGGAAAAAAGGAAUGACGGAGAAAGAGCGAAGGAGACAGAGAGGGUGAAGCCGACAGACAGCAACAAGUCAAAACGCUUUGAUAUGUUUUGUAGGACAUGUACACAUUCCAUCUCAUCUCAGGAACAAGCGAACUGUGACAGGGUUAAGAUGCUGGGGAGAUGAAAAAACUAGGUGGAAGGGGACAAGUGGGAGAGAAUUGGUGCUCCGCACUGUACAAGAACUAAUUUGGUUUUUACCCAAACAAUGCCACCAAACCCCACCUUUCCUACGUGGUCGAUCUGUGGGCCGUUUCUUCUCCGCCACCAAAGGUAGCUUCAUGAAGAAGACAUCCAACUGUCUCAGUGGGAGAAGAGCCAAGACUCACACCACACAAAGCCAGGUUUUCAAAAAAAAAGAGGAAGUGUAUGACUGGGUUCCCGCCCCCCCCCCCAUCCCUUUCUCUUUGUUUGUUCAAUGUGUUUGUUAAGCUUCCCAAAGCAAAAUGGUUUUUAGAAAGGUGUCGUCUCGAGGACGGUGAAAGAGUUGGCAGGGCUCCAAAAGCCGUCAUCCGUAGUACGAUCAGGAUUUGCUGCGUUACUCACCCGUGCAAAUACACAACAGGGGAUGAUUUAAGAGUUCAUCUCUCUCUUCCUGUUUCCCUUCGCAAAUAUCCGAUUAGAAAUGUUAAAGGGUGCUUAAGAAAGGAUGGUAAAACAUUGCCACCAGGGUAUUUUUAAUUUUUUUUUUUUAAAAAAAGAGUGUUCAGGACUAAAAUCAGUUCGUCAAAAUGUUGCAGAGAAGCAGAGAGUAUAUGUAUUCAGAAAAAGUUUUCUGAGGCUGAUUCUGCAUGGGCCAAAAACAGCAGUGUGAAAAUGGUGUGAAAAGGGUGUAAAAGGGUUUAAAACAGUGUGAAAGGGUUUUCACACCAUUUUCACACCGCUAUUUUUUGGCCCAUGCGGAAUCAGCCUUAGAGAACUGGUGGUGACGUAGAAUGAGGGAAACAGAAGAGAAGAUAGUUUCUGAGCUCAGGCUGUUUCAUGCCUGUUACUGGUAGGAGAGUCUGUUUAGGAGAUCUGAGAUCCAGUUUGUCUGCUAUUGUGAAUCUGCUGGUGUUAAAAAGUCCCAAUAAAAAAAGGAACGUUCUGUUCUGAUAGACAAGUCCAAGCCGAAUCAGGGCGAAGAUUUGGCUCGUGGGGACAGAGACACGCAGGUACCUGUGUGUCUUCCCUUGAGGGCCGAAAAGCAACUCAAGGAGAGAAGCAAUCUGCACGAGGCAUAUGGUCAGAGGAGGGUUAAUGCUUUCUCCCCCAGUGGCCCUGACCUAAAUUCCCCCCACAUCUCUUUUCAACCUUAACAAAAUUGGUCAUGGAUGAUCCAUUCACAGAUCCUGGAUCAUCAGGUCCAGCUUGACUCUUUGAUACUGAAAACUGAGAAGUCGAAGCAUCGUUCUAGUACUGAGUGAGGUCAUGGGGAGGGGAGAAAAUCUGAGCUUCAUAACAUCGGCUGGUCUUAGCUCUUUUUUGAAGUAAACCGACACUCCUGUUUACACAGGAUUAAAGAGGCAAAGGGUUUGGAUCUUUGGUUGUUACCUGCUGAUGCUGGAGAUUGGACGGGGAGGGGGAAAAGAUGGGGAGUGGGGUUUGAUCUCAGUUAUUAAGGUCACUCUAGGUUUGCAUCCCAUUAGUAGCCCAAAUUUAUGCUGAGGCCAAAUUUAGAAACAAAACUCCCUUUCUUUACUGGGGUGUUUGUAUUUUAUAUUCUAAAAUUGUAAAAGUGGGGGGGGGAAUCUUCUUUUAUGCCAGUUCCAAACAAGAGAUCCUUCACAUCUGCAUCAGCAUUACCACCCAGAUGUUUUCUUCCUUGUAUACCUGAUGUCCAUUGAUACCACUUAACAAUCUGACCUUCAUUUAGGGUUUUUAAGGGGAUGGAGAGGGGACAAAUGUUUAUUUAAAAAUUUAGGAAAAUAUUUAAAAUACUUUGGGGGAUGAUUUAAGUUAUUUUUUUGGAAAAAAAGAAAAGUGAAAAAUCGCUAAUUGUCUUAAGUGUUGCUCAUCUCACGUCAUUUUAAGCUAUUGUCAAAGCAGAGAGCUUAUUUUUUAAAAAAAGAACCAGAACAAAUCCAUCUUGGAUAUUUUUUUAAAUAAACAAUGGUGUGUGCGCGUUUUUUUAAAAAAAAGAGCUGCGGUUUUAAUAAGCGUUCUCUUGUGUUGUACAGUGUCAAGGUUCCUAUUUAUGUUGCCUUGUAUAAUACGUGGAGAGGGAGAAAGGGACUGUAAAUAUGGCUGAUUUGUAUAAAGCUUAUUUCAAAGUUUUAAAAAAGUUUCUUUUUCUUGUUUUUUUUAAAAAAACUGACUUGGGGAAAAAAAAGAAAGAGCAGUAUCUCUUUGAGAUGAAAACUGUGUUCCAGCUUCCUUUCUGCUUUGGUAGUGACCAGAAACUUUAUGUAUAAUGUUAAUAAAACUAUUUUAAAUCUUG